GCGUUAAUACAACGCACAGUUUUUCGCCUACUUGUUUGACAGCCGUGCAGCGAUGGCAUCAUCACGCAUCGUACAGUGGAGCAGGGUGUGAAAACAGCCGGAACAGAAGAAAAACACUUUUCCAGCCGUGUGCGGUUUGCGGGUGUGUGUGGUUUUGCGGGCAGAAUUUGUUUGCACUCUAUAUUGGGCGUGCUCGUUGUGCCGGGGGAGGGCAUUGUGUAACACCGAUACCAAUACCUAUACCGCUGCCAGCCAUAGGGCAAGAAAAUGCGUUGCUGUAUCAAGCGGCGGUGCUGUUGAAGCUGUUUGGCAGCCAAAAGGGGAGAAGGAAAUCGAGUCAAGUGUUUGCAACGAAAGCCAAAGGCAACAGUUGAGCGACAGCAGCGGCAGCAGCAGCAACAAUAACAAUGUCGCAGGAGUACUCCCAGCAUGUGCUGAAGGUGGCGGUGGCCCAGAUCUGCCAGACGAUCGGCUGGCACUCGACCCACACGUCCACGAUGGAUUUGCUGGUGGACGUCACGCAGCACUUUCUGCGCGAAAUCUCGCGCAUCAUGCACCGGUACUGCGAGCUGUACAACCGGACCGAGGCGAACCUGGACGAUCUGGCGCUCGCGUACAAGGAGAUCGGCAUCAACCUGGACGAGCUGAUGGAGUACAUCCAGUUCGUCGAUCCGAUCCCGCUGCCGCUCGAGGUGCCCCGCUUUCCGCUGCCGAAGGAGUCCAGCCUGAACUUCCUGAAGCCGGGCAGCCGGGAGGUGCUGACGCGCCCGGUCCACAUCCCGGAGUACAUGCCGCCGCUGCUGUUCGAAAGCGAGGAGGAGGGUGCGUCCGGCGGGGCGGCGGCUGGCGGCAGCAGCGAAGAGGACAGGCUGGCGGUGGUUCCGGCCGGCGGGCUGGUGGAUGCGAAAAGUUUGCUCAACAGUACGGCGCUCGCGAUUGCAUCCGUGGCCGCCGCCUCCAUGGGAGAGGGGCGCGCCCUGACCGACGGUGGUGGCACGGGCGGGGAACUGCUGGACGAUGGUGCGAUCGUGCCGCACGCCGUCAUCAACGAGGAGGUGGAAAUACCGAUGCAAACGAUCGAGGUGAAGGAGCAACUGGAGGUGACAGUGACGUCACCGACAGCUACAACAACAACAACAACAACGACCCUGGGAGACACAACGGAGGAACCCGCGCCCGCCGCGGAUGAUAAACCGGCGGAAGGAAGUGUGGUGCCGAAGGAAAAGCUCACGCCCACCGAAGAACCACCCACAGGGACGCCCGGGGGAAAGCCACCGAUCGUGGCAGAGGAGGGCCGGCCGACGCGCGAAAUCAGCAGCGUGAUCAUGACCACGUCCGGGUUCAUUUCGCCUGCCCGCGAAGGCAAGCUGCCCGAGUCGCGCAUUCCCAUCAUCCCGGAGGAGCGUCCGAUGCCGGCGCCGCCCGCCCCCAUCGCACCGCUGCCCGCCGCAUCGCACCUUCCGCCCGUGGCAGCCGGUUCGUCUGCGGCGGCCGGCUCUUCGACACUGUCCACGUUGGCGCCGGUGUCGUCGGCGGCACUGCUCGCGUCGGCCGCCGGCACAAGCUACUUCCCGAAGCCGGGCGAGGGUGGAGCGUUGGCAGCGGGCAACGGUACGCCCGCCGGCGGCACGGUCGGAGCAGCGGCUGCUCCGCACGAUCCGGCCCUACCGCCCCCGCCCCCACCGCCGCCAGUGAAGCAGGCGGGCGAGAAGACGCCGAAAAAGGUGAAGAAGAAACCGGUCGACAAGGAGAAGAAAAAGGCGGACAAGGGCCAGGCCGGUGCGUCCCGCAAGCCGGACAAGCACGCCGGCGGGGAGAAGGGCGCACUGAUGAAGCCGCCACCACCGCCAGCCGGCGAGCUGCCGGCCGGUGGCAAUCCGUUCGAGGGCCCAGCAGCAGCAGCAGUAAAGGAGGAGAAAGUGUUUCCCCCAGCGGCGCCGGGAGAGCUGGCGGCGGGCCAGUAUGCGCCGGCGAGGGAAAACCUGGUGUUUAAUCCGUUCGUCAAGGAGGGAGCGAUGGGUGCGGCCGCCGUCAAGUCGGAGCAGAACGAACAAGCGGGCAGUGGUGGGAUGGGCCUGCCCGGCACGAGCGCACCCUUCCCGCCCGGCAAACCGCCCAAACCGGCCAAGGUAAAGGGGGCGGGCAAGGACAAGCCGCCGAAGAAGCGCAAAUCGGCCGUCCCGAAGCUGCCGCCCGGUCCGCUUGCGAUGGAGCAGCACCCGGCGGGCGGACUGUUCGGUGGUCCCAUCGCACCACCCCCGAUGCCGCCGAACUUGCUGCCGGCGGCGAUGACGGCAGCACCGCUGCCGGUCACCAAGCCGAAGAAGGUGUCGAAGAAGAAGGCGGCCAACCAGCAGCGGGGCCAGCAGCACGAGGCCGGGUCGCUGCCGCCGCCGCUCAUCGGGCCGCUCGGGCUCGGCCCGCUGCCGCUCGUCGGCACGGGCGGCGGGUCCCAUCCGGACCUGGCGUUCAGCCGUGUGCCGAACGCGCCCAACACGGCCGCCCUCUCGCUGCCGCUGAAGAAGCCGCCGCACCCGAUGGGGCCGUUCAAGCAGGAGGAGCCGACGGCGCCGGCCCCACCACCCCACAGCCAGAUGGCGGCCGAUCAGGCGGCUCAGCUAAACCUGCUCCAGAAGAUGCACCCGAGCCUGGAGAUCACUGCCUCGCCCGCCAUAAUGUCGCAGCAGCAGCAGGAAACGGGCAAGCAGCACCGGCAGCCACCGUUCGAGCCGAAGGCGCUGAAGGCGUCGGACACGGCGAGCGACCGGGACGUGAUCGUAAUUGACGACGACAAGACACCGCCACACGUGGCCUCGAUGCUGUCGCCCGGCGGGGCCGCUGUGACGCCGUCGACACCCUUCACCACGCCACCGACCAGCAAGAAGCAGCGCAAGCAGGCGGCCGCUGCCGGCGACUACCAGCUGCUGGGCGCGAACAUGAUGGGCUACCCACCGGGCGGGCCCAAGCAACCGUCCUUCUCCGGUCACGCGUUCGAGGGCGGCGGCGUCGACUUCCGGCACGUGGACGCGGACCCGCACGGGCUGCAGUUUUCGCCCACCGGUGUGCCCAAAACGCCCGACAUCAAGCUGCAGCACUCGUCCUCCUCGUCCACACCGUCCUGGAUGAGCGAGUCGCCCCGGCUGGCGACGCCGAAGAAGGGAGCUGCUGCCGCCGCCUCCACCACCUCCACCACUACCGGCAAUCUGUUCUCCGAGCUGUCGUCCAAAACGCUCAGCGAGUUUAUGGUGCCAAACAAGGGGCUCGGGCCUGUGGCCGAGCCGGGCAAGAAGCCGAAACGCCCGAAGCAGAAGCCCAACAAAAACGCGGACGCCAAGCGGGCCAAGCUGGAGCAGGCGGAGGGUGUGAAAAAGCUGCCCAACGCCGGCGGCGCCGCCGCCGGUCCGACCGACCUGCCCGGCAGCAAGAACCCGUUCGCGCUCUACCCGGGCGCCCUCAACCCGUUCGCACCGGAUGCGGCGAGCGCGUACAGCAAGUACCUGAACCAGGUCGCGAGCCUGCCCCGCAUGCCGUUCGGCAUGUUUCCGCUGCCGUCCGGGCCGGGCCUGAUACCGGACAAUCCGCUGUUUCCCCGGCUGCCCCCGAACUACCCGGGGCAGCACCGGCCCGGCUUCCAGAUGCCGCCGAACCCGUUCGGGCUGCCGCCCGGCCUGAACCCGAUGAACAACCCGCUGCUCCGGCUGCCGGGCCUGGCGAACCGGCUGCCGGGGAUGGGCGGCGGCCUCACCGGCAGCCAGCGCGACUUCCUGGACGAGCCGCUCGAUCCGGAGACGAAGCUGGCCCAGACGCCGCUCGAUCUGCAAAAGUCCACCUGCAACGUGGCGCCGCUCGUGCCGCCCUCGCUGUUCCAGAGCGCAGCGGAGGGUAUGGGGCUGGGCGACGGCACUGGGUCGAGCGAGCUGCUCAACCUGUCCGUGAAGGCCGGUACGGGUGGGCCCAAGGAAACGGUCACCACGGCGCAGUCGACCGUCUCGAGCAAGAAGGACACGACGCUCACGAUUUCGGGCGCCGCAACGUCCGCCGCCAGCAGCGUGAGCAGCCAUUCGCUGUUCAGCAGCAGCGUUUCGACGAGCGUGAAGGACGCGGGCCGCACGGACGCGCCGCUCGUGCGCGAAUCGGCGUACAAGGAGGACCAGGUGGUGAUACUGCCCGCUGCCAGCUUCCUGCCGGGGGCGAGCCCGCCCCAGCGCUCCAACCUGCUGGUGAUCGACAUCGACGACUCGGACGGCAGCCAGUCGACGGCGACGACCGGCGGCAAGAGCAAGGACGGCAAGCGCAAGCAGAAGGAGCACAAGAAGGACCGCAAGCAGAAGGACGGCAAGCUCAAGAAGAAGAAGGACAAGAAGGACAAGAGCAAGAGCAAGGACCGGGACCGGGAGCAGCUGAAGGAGCUGGCGGCGGGCACGGCCACCGCGCCGGGCGUGAUGACGAUGGGCAUGAUCGGCGCGGAGGAGGCCCUGAUGGAGCAGCUGCGCAAGGAGCGCAAGGAGAAGAAGGAAAAGCGCAAGGAGAAGCUGAAGAAGGAGAAGCGCAAGGAGAAGGAGUCGCGCGGUGCGGGCGGUGGUGCGGGACCGUCGCAGCAGGCGGGCGAGCCGGGCCUGAAGCUGAUGCUGAAGCUCGGCGGCUCGAACGCGACCCAGUCGCCGCGAUCGGAAACGCCCGAGCAGCAGCGCAGGGAUGGGUCGCCGGAGCUGGCCCGCAUAUCGGCGCUCGUCACGCGCCCGCCGAAGCUGAAGGGCAGCACGACACCGAGCGGCAAGGGCAAGAAGGAUGACGGGGCCGGCAAGGGCGCACCGCCGCACAGUUCGCCCGGUGGUGGGGACGCGAAGCUGCUGCAGCCGGCGGCCGACCCGGACGACACGUUCGGUGCGCUCAAGCAGCCGGCGAAGGUGAACUUUGCGGGCGGCGCGGCGGGUGGUGCCGCUACGUCGUCGACGGUGGUGACAGCGGCGGCCACGCUCGGCAGCUACGGCGCGGAGGAGAGCGUCGCGGGUGGUUCCGGCGGUCGCGGCACGAAGACGGUCCGCACGGCACCGGACGGGCUGCCGGUGGACACGCCGGCGAAAGCGUUCGGUGGUGCUACCGGCGGCGGCGGCGAACCCUCGUCCAAGAAGGCGGCCAAGGAGUCGAAGAGCUCGAAAUCGGUGCACCACCAUCAUCAUCAUGCGGCGGCCGAUACGUACAACACGACGCCGGUGCACAUGACGGACGUGGACGGCAACACGGUGUGGAUCUGUCCGGCGUGCGGCCGGGUCGACGACGGCACGCCGAUGAUCGGGUGCGACGGGUGCGACGCCUGGUACCACUGGGUGUGCGUCGGCAUCCAGGUGCCGCCGGACGACAACGAGGACUGGUACUGUCGCGUGUGCAUCGCCAAGAAGCAGGACACGCAGGCGGACGAGAAGCAGCGCAAGCGCAAGAAGAAGGACAAGAAGACGUCCAAAGAGUAAGCGCCGCCGGGGCCGGGUUUCCCUCUUUUACGUUGGGUUUGUCAAGCCGCGAGCAACACGUAGCGGGUAAGCUGAGCCGCUAGUUUAGGGUUAAAGUUAGCUGGGAUGUCCACCGGUGACAUCCUUCGGGAUGAGUUCGUUGGAUGCGAACCAAUAAUUGUAAAAAAUAUUACAUAUAUAUCCAUCUAUCUAACUGUUCCAACAAUGUACGCUCUCGGCACUGCUGGAAGUAAUCUUAUUUGGGGCUAAUACGCUCGGUUUGACCGAACAGACGUCAUAGUCGAGGCACCGAAUCAUCAAAGCAAUAGUACGUCAAGUGGAACGAAACAAAAUCAUUGUUCAUAGUAAACUGCAUGUGCAACAUACUUUAUGUAUUACCUCUGUUCAUAGCGGAGAGCGUCGGUUAUUGUCUAAUGUGUUUUUUUGUUGUUGCUACCUAUAAUUACUCUUUUCCACUGAUUUCAUUCUUCUUAGCAUUUCUCGACUUUCAGAAUAACAGUUUUGUAUUGUAAAAGAAAUCAAACUAAAAACACAUACACGUUCGUGAUGAGGGACAAGUCGUGUGGCGUGCUGGAAGUCUUUUAAACUAAUAUGUAAUUGUAUUGUACGAUUAUGACCGUCUGCCUGUUGAGCGUAAAUGUAAUUAAAUAAAACUUAUAGACAAAAUAUUCUAAA